AUGUCGGUCCGAGUCCGUUUCUCGCAAGAACGUCCCGGAAUCACCUACGUGCCCUCGAGCCGUUCCGUGAACACUCCGUUGCUCGCUGACAUUCUCGCCAAACCGAUGCCGAUCAUCCAUCACGACAACCGAUUUCUGAUGGAUGCGUGCACGGCGGCGAGCAUCGGCGACGAGCAGAUGCUUCGGCAGCUCAUGAAGAUAAAUCCGAACACGAUCGUGAUGAAGAACCAGUCGGGAUGGACGCCUCUUUUGUACGCUGCCUACUUGGGACACAACAGUGUCACCGCAUUCCUGCUGGAUAACGGAGCGAAGGUGAGCGACGGGAAAAGGAAGGAAAGUAAGUGACUGACUGACUGUUUCAGACCGAUGACCCGAACGCUCGAGGUCAGACUGCUCUGAUGAUGGCCUCCGCUUGCGGAAACCUUAAUGUGAGUUUCCUUUUUUAAAAACAUCACGAUUCGUAAGGUCUACAAACCUGAUCGACAAAGACAUUCGCACCAAAAAGAGUGCGUGCGUCGUUUCAACCGUAUUCGAUCCGAACGUUAUCUAGAUUUUCAAAUGACUAUAUCUUUGAAGACAAUCAAAACAAUCGUCUUUCCUAUAUUGUGUAAGUUCGUUUGCAGGUAGUUCGGUUAUUGCUGGAGAGAGGAGCCAAUCCUAAAGCUCACGAUAAGGAGAAGAGACAGGCGAUUCACUACGCGGCCAGCUGCUGUCAGAACGCGGUAAUCGCUCUUGGAGUUUGUACGAACGGUGUCUGCUUCUAGGUUGUCGAUGCCCUUCUCCUCGCUGGAUGCGAUCCGAACGCGCCGGAUUCUCUGGGAACGACGGCAGUGCACGAGGCCGCGAUGGCCGGCCACGAGGUCACUUUCCAGGCUCUUCUGGACAAGGGCGGCAGCAUUGAACAGAAGAACAUGAAGGGAGAGAACGCGUCCCAAUUGGCGUGCGACAACAACAAAAUACUGCAAAUCAUCAACGAGCACCACGCGGAAACUGCGAAACAAGUGGCCCCGACGUCCGGAGGAAGAGGCCCGAGGACGCUGUCGGAGCUGUUGGAGGAGAUGGAUCUGGGAAGGUACACAGAGCAGUUUAAGCAUGAAAAUGUCGAUCUGGAAGUGUUUUUCGAGUUGAAAGAGCAAGAUUUUGUUGAUAUGAAGAUCGCUUACGGACCGAAGAAGAGAAUGUUGGAUGUGAUAAAAAGGUACCGAGCGACUGGGGUCAUCCGGACGGAUGCAUUCGAUUCUCCGCAAGCUGCCGCCGCGCCGAGAGGAUAUGCCAGUCACGUGAGACUUUUGAAUAUCUGAAGAGAAGGAGAUGAUCAGUUUCAGAGUGGCGAGGACAAUGAAAAGGUUUCAUCUACUCUGAGAUCAAUCAAAGACUUGAAUCAAGAGACGAAAGUGUUCGCAAUGGAAGCGCUCGAGGCACUCGGAAGAGGCGAAACUGACAAGUGAGCAAUUGCAGAGGGAUUCCCGAUUGAGGUUCUCUUUUCAGAAUUCGCAGUCAGCUGAUCAAUAUCAUCAACAAUGUGGAAACCAUUUCUUUGAGAGUUUCUUCGCAUGUUUAA